AUGUAUGUUGUGCUGGACAAGGAGAAUGAAUGUUGGGUUGUGUCUAGAUUAGAACUGAGGCAUUCUCACCCCUGUUCGUCUAAGAAAGCUGUCCACUAUCAUGAAUACCGAGAGCUGACCAUGCAUGCUAAGUGUGUCAUUACGGAUAACGACGAGGCUGGAAUAAGGCCCAACAAGACGUAUCUAGCACUGGCAAACGAGGUUGGUGAGUCCGCAAACCUGGGUUUUUCUGAAAAGGAUGUCAGAAAUUACAUCACACGCAAUCUCCGAUGCUCCGAUGACAAUGAGGACUUCCAGGGGAUGAUGAAUUAUUUCGUUCGAAUGAAGGAGAUCAAUCCCAACUUCUUUUAUGCAAUAGAUGUUGACGAUGCUAAUAAAUUUAGAAGCGCACUUUGGGUAGAUGCUAGGUGCAGGGCUUCUUAUGAAUACUACGGAGAUGUGGUGUCGUUUGACACCACAUACAGAAGAAACAUGCAUGGUCUGCCGUUUGCAUCCUUUGUAGGUGUAAACCACCAUGGGAAGUCCACUCUUCUUGGCUGCGCUUUACUUGGGAGCGAGGAGAUCCCUAGUUUUGAGUGGGUGUUCACGCAGUGGGUGAGAUGCAUCGGGACUGUACCAAAGAGAAUUAUCAUUGACCAGUGCAAGGCGAUGACUGGUGCUAUUAGGAAUGUCCUACCUGACACUGUCCACCGAUGGUGCAUCUGGCACAUAAUGAAGAAAUCACAAUUCAAGCUUGGUGGAUACGCUAGGUACGGAGAACUGAGUGCAAUGAUGAAUCACAUUUCCCACCUUGAUUCCGUUCGUAUUGUUUUUAUAAGAAAUGUAGAAGAGUUUUCUAGCUCUAACGACAGUGGAUGGUCCUUUCAGUAUGUAAACAGAUACCUUUACGCAAAUCGACGGAAGUGGGUUCCAAUUUUUUUCAAGAGUCAAUUUUGGGCAGGCAUGAGGAGUACACAGCGUAGUGAAAGUAUGCAUGCAUUUUAUGGUGGAUACCUGCAUUGCAAGAGUGGGUUGGUUCAGUUCGUCCAUGAAUAUGACAAUGUCCUUGGAACCAAGGAGCAAAAGGAGCUAGAAGAUGAUGCUGCAGACUCGAAAGGCGUCAUCCCAUGCAUAGGGAGCACGGGCAUUGAGAGACAAUUUCAGUAG